UGUCAUUAGUGUCAUUGGUUUCUUUUCUUUGCGUUGUUGAUGUUCUUGAUGUUGCGACCGAAAGUUGUUUUAUUAGUGAAUAUUGGCUGAAAUAAAUUUUUGUUCAUUUUGCUGUAAAAUUAAGUCAGCAAGAUGUUUUCUUUUCUUACAAAGAACAGAAAUGACAUUAUUUAUUUAUCACUGUUGCUGUUUUGUAUAGGAGUAGGGCCUCGUUACCGGGCUUUGAAAACAGUGCAGGCUAAGAAAUGGGCUGGCAGUAUACUUGGUUUACUGCUAAUAAUUAUUGUUUCUGGAUACAGUGCUCUUCACCCUAUUUUGUCUGCAUUUAUGGGAAUAAUCGCUAUUAAAGCGGCGACUGUAAGAUACUGCCAUGUAGUCACUUUCUUUUUGAUGUUUGGAUAUCUAUUCUUCUUUCGGCUCGCUGAUAAAUUCGGCUUUCCACUAUCUUCAGGACAAACAAACCUCAUUGAAAUGAUUAUAGUACUCCGUGUAGUGGGAGUUGCAUUUGAAAUCAAUGGCUCCUGGCUGGCUGUAGGAAAAGCUAAAAAGGAUGAGAUCAAAGAGAAAAAAGAAGAAAAAGUGAAAGAUGAUGACUUUCUUGAAAUAAUUAAUCCUGAUUUUCAAGAUUUAUUUCAUUAUUCUUUCAAUUAUAUUGGACUUCUUACAGGCCCCUACUACAGAUAUAGGACCUUUGAUGACUACUUCCGCCUGCCGUAUAGCAAGUAUGUUGAUUGUUUUGGCUUUACCAUCAACACUAUGAGAAUGGUCCCUCUCUAUGUCUCAUUGUACUUGGCUUUAUCUAACAUUUGGCCCCUAGAGUACAUUUUAACAGAAGACCAUAAUAAUAGAAACUUUGUGUACCGAAUGCUGUAUCCAUGGGCGCUAUUCUCCGCGUUUCGUCAGCGCAUAUACUCUGGGAUGACUUUGGCUGAGAGUGUGUGCACUUCGGCUGGUUUUGGAGCAUCCUGUGCAGGGCAAGAAUCGGACAGGCCAUGGACCUACUGUUGGUCAGACGAAGAAGCAAAGAAUUGUCAAUAUGAUUUCAACACUGUUGAGUCAAUGGAUGUGUGGGGAUGUGAGACAGUGGUUACGCUACGAGAUUCUAUGAAAGUAUGGAACAAGGCCGUGCAAUACUGGGUAGCCAUGGUGGUGUACAAGAGAUUCCCCAUAAAGCCUUUGAAGAUUCACGCAGCAUUAUUCGUGUCUGUGAUCUGGCAUGGAUACCACGCUGGUUACUUUUUCUGCAUAUAUUUCUGUCCAUUCUAUGUGAUGGCCGAAGAUAUCUACUACAAGCUCUAUUAUAAAGAUGCUACAGGACAGAAAAAGAAAAUCCUCGGCUUCAUAAUGUGGUUCCUGCGUUCACAUUCGGAGUCGUACCAAGCUGCAGCAUUCCUUCUCCUUACAUUCGAUCGGAUUUGGAUAUACUAUUCAUCGGUAUACCACUAUUGGUACGGAGUAUGGCUCGCCUUCCUUAUAUUAGGAAUCGUACUAAACAAGUUGCAUAGAAGUAAACGACCACGUAAGAUUAACGAUGAGAUUGAAACAAAACAAAAAAUUGUAAGCAACUGAUUUAAUAUAGUACCUGAGAGGCCUUAGUACGAGUGU